AUGUCUUCCUUGUCUUAUGACAGCCUGCAGCGUUUAGAGAAGGGGGAGCCGGCCGACACGCUCAACUUCUCGCCAGUGACGUUGGAGGCUGUCCAACAUCUAGCUGCCGGAAGGCCGUGGGAAGAUAUGCAACACGAGACGCAGGUCCGCACAAACGACCUCAUGACCUACUUCCCUUCCCUCUUCAACAGCAAGCCGUUGACCGCCGCCCCAUCUGUAGUUCCCUCCGACAUCAGCCGUCUGAACUCCUGGCCGUCGACGCCUGCCCGGCUGCCACAAGAAGCCCUCUUAGACCGCCAGGCACGGUCGUGGCAUUAUCCUCGUGAUGAACCGUCUCGCAUGGGGGAUCUCCUCUCCAGCCCUCCUCUAGCCCCACGACCUGGUAAAGGCCCCCCUUACCGAGGCGGUCUCAAGUCUCCUCUUCAUGCAUGCUCAGCUAACAAACUCAACCUAGCAGCACCAGCUUCAGUUCACACGCCAAUAGACCUUGCAACGAGCCAAUUCCUCUCGGGCCUCCAGCUCGCUGCCACACCGCCGCGACCGAUCAACGCCUCCAUCCGGGACGACAGCCGCACUCAUCAGCAUUAUAACCUGCCCACACCGAUACCCGCCGUGCAACCGAGUGCGAGGACGAACGAGCAGGCUAGGCUCGAUGAGCUGACGCAAAUUCACAGGCUAUCCUUGCGUCGGUGGAGAGAAUUGCUGGAUAAGGUAUUUGACGAGGAGGAGACAAUGGCUUCGAUCGAGAUGGAGGCAUCCAGGCUCCAGCAUACCAUUGCGUCUGUGGGAAUGGUAUCGCCGUCCAAUACUAAGAAGACGCCCCACGCCGGUGGCAGCGAUUUCGGCAUUAGAGGACUAUGUGAUCCGUUCAUAGUGGAUGCCGGUGGUGGUGCUAAAGACGAUGAUGAUGGCCAGGGGUCCUCGUCGGAGAUGAACUGCAAGACGCACCAGAAGAAGAAGAAAAAGAAGAACAAGAAGCAGCGGUCUAAGCAUGGAAAAGGAAAAGAGAAGGACGUUGUUGGGAGCGCAAGCGAGGAGGCGACGACAGGUAACUAG